AUGGGCGUGGAGAUCGAGACCAUCUCGCCGGGAGACGGAAGGACAUUCCCCAAGAAGGGCCAGACGUGUGUGGUGCACUACACAGGAAUGCUCCAAAAUGGGAAGAAAUUUGAUUCAUCCAGAGACAGAAACAAACCUUUCAAGUUCAGAAUUGGCAAACAGGAAGUCAUCAAGGGUUUUGAAGAGGGUGCAGCCCAGAUGAGCUUGGGGCAGAGGGCGAAGCUGACCUGCACCCCGGACGUGGCGUAUGGAGUCACUGGCCACCCCGGUGUCAUCCCUCCCAACGCCACCCUCAUCUUUGACGUGGAGCUGCUCAACUUAGAGUGA